GCGUACGAAGUUAUAGUCGGACCGGGCGACUUUGUUUACAUCCCGGCAAAAUGCUGGCACUACGUCCGCGCACUCACGCCGUCGAUAAGCAUCAACUUUUGGUUUUAGAUAUAGAAUAUCAAUGCAUAGAUUGGCCGCUAAACCGCAUAGACUCGCCAUUGGCCGCCGUGCGCGCUCUUGGCUCGCGCGUCUCCUCGCUCAAUAGAUUUAACCUUCGCCAUGUCCGCCGUCACAGCGCAUCGCUCACCGCGCUAGGCCGCAUUAUCGCGUCCUGAUACGCGAAGAACAUCAUCAACGACGUCAUUAUGGUUAGUAAGUCGCCGUCGCUCGACUUGGAGUACCUCCGCGUCGCCAUUCCUUCGCUGCAAAAGGUUGUCCCGCAGAGCGUCGGGUGGACGCUACUCUACGUCUUCCUGCGCUUCGGCGUCCUGCGCCGACGCACAGCCGACUUUUCCAAUCGCACUGUGAGCUUCAUUCACGCCGUCGUGGCCAUUUACAUGUGCGCGCGAUGCCUGCCGACGUGGGGGGCGCUGUUGGAGAACGUAGGCGGAGCGAACACGAUGGCGCACUUGGAGUGCAUGACGCUGUCGCUGGGUUAUUUCGUGUACGACUUCUUUUAUUGCCUGUUGAAUAACGAGGUGGAGAAUGUGGUCCAUCACAUGUUCACCGUCGGCGGGCUCGCGAGCGGAGUCAUCACCGGGCGCAGUGGCCCCGAACUGGUCGGGUGCUUGUUUUUGAUGGAGGUGAGCAAUCCGAGCUUGCACUUGCGCUCCAUGUUGCGCGAAUUGAACAUGAAGGAUAGUCUCCUGGCGACGUUGAAUGACUUGUUGUUUGCGCUGUUGUUCUUGCUUUGCCGACUCAUCGUCGGUCCGCCGUUGGUAUGGCGAACGGUCGUGAACGACUCGAACACGUACAUCGUCAAGGCGGGCGCUCUUGGCAUCUUCGUCGUGUCCGUGAUGUGGGGUUGGCGCAUCAUAAUGAUGAUUGUGCGCACGGUGAAAAAGUUGUUCGGCGGUGCCAAGGCGAAGAAGGUGUGAG